AUGACCUCAAUUUAAAACAUCUAAAAAAGGAUUAAAUCUUUACGGCGGCACUAAUUUCAAGGAUUCAUAUAAGUCGAUAGACUUCCGAUCCUUACAACUGAAGACUAGAGAUAUUGAACAUCUGAAGUUGCUCCUGAAGCUCGUGGUUGAUUUGUAGGUUGCGUGUCUUGUGUCAUCAUGGAACAAUGUGUAGCUGAUUGUCUUAAGAGUGAUGACUGUGUGAUGAUUGUAUGGUCGGGCGAAGUUCAAGAAGACGUUAUGCGUGGUCUACAAGUGGCUGUUUCUACAUAUGUUAAGAAGCUGCAGUUCGAAAAUCUGGAGAAAUUCAUGGACAUUUCAACUGUAGAUAGCGUAAACAUACUCAAACUUGGCUUGCUAUCAAACCUUUUAUCCUGUUUGCGACCUGGUGGGCGAUUUUUUGGUCGUGACCUAAUUACGGGUGACUGGGAUUCUUUGAAAAAGAACCUAACUCUUUCUGGGUACAUAAAUCCUUACCAGUUGUCAUGUGAAAACCACUUAAUAUUCAGUGCCUCUGUUCCGUCCAAUUAUACGCAGGGUUCUAGUGUCAAACUUCCGUGGGCUAACAGUGAUGUCGAGGCGGCUUGGGAAAAUGUUGAUAAUACAUCUGACGCCAAUGGAAACAUUAUAAAUACAAAUGCACUUUUACAAAAAUCAGAUUUGAAAACUCCUUUAGCUGUCUGUGGCAAAGACCCUGCUACUGAUUCAGAUGGAAAAAAGAAACGGGCUUGUAAAAACUGUACAUGUGGCUUGGCUGAAAUUGAAGCAGCGGAAGAAGUUAAAUCUGAUGUCCCAAUAUCGUCCUGUGGAAAUUGUUAUCUCGGGGAUGCUUUCCGAUGUUCUACAUGCCCUUACCGUGGGCUUCCACCAUUUAAGCCUGGCGAAAGAAUUCUAAUACCGGAUGAUGUUUUGAAAGCUGAUUUGUGACAGACGUAUAUACACUUUGCAGACUAGUCUAUUGUGAAUCUCCCGGCAUCCAUAAAAUGAACAAUAAAAUCACCUUGAUCCAACAGAAAGAAACGCUUAACAGAUCUGCAAUACAAAUAAAUAUGAAGUUAUUUUAAAGAAGCAUCAAUUUCAAUAAUAAACUGCUUGCGUACAGAUGAGCUUGGUCAAUUUUAUCAAGAAACACUGAAUGCUCUUUAUUAUAAACAAGUUCUUCACACGUAGGAAGCUCAUAACGAUCGGCUAAGAAAUAAUAAGUUAAAAUUUUGAGUAAUCGACAACAAGUUAUAACAAGAAAGAGAAAACAAUUACAUAUUACAAUUUUGGUUACAAUAUGCAGUUGACAUAGUGGUUAAUAGUAGUGAACUAUCUGAUGUCAAAAGAAAUACACCCAAUUCAUCAUAUCCUCUGUGACAGUACUGGAAAACAAUUUUCGUAUAAAUACAUGUCACGGAGGAUCUGGUGACUCGGAAAGCAGUUCGUCAUUCCUAUUAUCCUUUUUCAACUCAUUUAUUUGUUUAAAUCAUAAACCGAUCAGUAUUAGACCAACACUGAAAACCUGGAAGCAAUAGACGGCCGUUUUGUUCAAUAUAUUUAUAUUGAUAAUACUCUUUAUGAACAAUUUUAGCCUCCAGAAUAGAUUCUGUUGAAGCAUUUCUCCAUAUAAGGGCAGUUUUAUUCAUCAUAUUAUUGGAUCAUUCAGUAGCACAUACUCCUUAACUGUAAACGAAACGUGAUGUGUGACUUCCAAAUCUACCACAAACAAAGUUAUUGUUGAACCCUCAAACCAAGAUUCAACAGAGAGCAUUUUGACAAUCAAUUAACUAAUUAAAUGUCAGUUAUGUGUGGACCAAUAUAUGGCUGAAAAUAUUAACCUGUAGGUUAUUUUUAAAUCCAUGAAUAGCCAACGGUUAGGUGAUUUGAAAUAGCAGUAAUUAUUUUAUU